CAUGGCUCCCCAUAAGCAGGACGACGCAUGGGUAGCUCACCAACAGGAUCCCGAGAAGUUCUGGCUGCACCAGGCCGAGCAGGUCGCGUGGCACAAAUCUCCCACUACCGCCUUUACGAGAACGACGAAGACGAUCCUCGACGGCACCCGGCAUGGCAGUUGGCAAUGGUUUCCCGACGGCGAACUCAGCACCUCGUACAAUGCGGUGACGCGGCAUGUUGAAGCGGGACAUGGACACCAGAUUGCUAUCAGGUGGGAUAGUCCCGUCACCAGGAAGAAGGAGGAAAUCUCGUAUGCUACGCUCGACGAGGAGGUUGCUGUUCUGGCGGGGGCGUUACGCGAGGAGGGCGUGAAAAAGGGGGAUGUGGUUAUCAUUUACAUGCCCAUGAUCCCAGCGGCAUUAAUUGGGAUGCUCGCCGUCGCACGACUGGGAGCUGUGCAUGCCGUGGUAUUCGGAGGCUUCUCGGCUUCGUCGCUGGCGCAGCGUAUCGAUUCGAGUAUGCCCAAGGUGAUUUUAACUGCAAGCUGCGGAAUCGAGGGCGCAAAAGGUCCGUUGCCGUAUAAGCCUAUGGUGAAGGGGGCGGUGGAACAGGCGAAGCAUAAACCUGCGAGAACGAUCAUUUGGCAGAGGGAGGAACAUCGGUGGAAUGAUACGGAUCGAUUGAUGGGCGAGCGAACUUGGCAACGAUUGGUGAAAUCUGCGAGAGACCGGGGGCAACGAGCAGAGAAUGUGCCGGUCAAGAGUAACGACCCUUUAUACAUUAUAUAUACAUCCGGAACCACGGGGAGUCCGAAAGGCGUGGUCAGAGAGGUUGGUGGGCACGCGGUCGGUCUCAACUUCACAGUACGAUAUUUGUUUGGCAUUCGAGGACCCGGUGAUACGCUUUUCACUGCCAGUGACAUCGGUUGGGUUGUCGGCCAUUGCUAUAUUGUCUACGGUCCUCUCUUCGCAGGGGCGACCACUGUGCUGUUUGAAGGAAAGCCUGUCGGAACACCAUCGGCGGAUACAUUCUGGAGAAUUGUGGAAGAGCAUCGAGUGAAUACCAUGUUCACCGCUCCUACCGCACUUCGAGCAAUCCGAAAAGAGGAUCCGGAGAACAAGUUCUUUCGAACGCGUGGCGAGAAGGGUGGUCUGAAGCACCUCCGCGCGCUAUUCUUGGCGGGGGAACGAAGUGAACCGGCGAUUGUCACAAUGUACCACGAGCUCAUCAGCAAGUACGGUGCAGAAAACGCCACAGUCAUUGACAACUGGUGGUCGUCUGAAUCUGGCUCCCCCAUCACAUCUCUUGCACUGUUACCCGGCACCGGCCUCGACUUCCACGACAGAGCAUUCUACAAACCCCUCCCCAUCAAGCCUGGCAGCGCCGGAAAGCCCGUACCAGGCUUCGACGUCCGCAUCGUCGACGACGACGGCAAACAAGUCCCACCGCAAACCAUGGGCAACAUCGUCCUGGCCAUGCCACUCGCCCCCACCGGGCUGACCACACUCUGGCAAGACCCCGAUCGCUUCUACAAAGGCUAUCUCAAACGCUUCCACGGCCAAUGGAUCGACACGGGCGAUGCCGGCAUGAUUGACACAGACGGCUACGUCCACGUCAUGUCUCGCGCCGACGACGUGAUCAACGUGGCCGCCCACCGCCUCUCCACGGGAGCCAUCGAACAAGCUAUUUCCUCCCAUCCCGACAUCACCGAAGCAGCCGUCGUCGGAAUCCCCGAUAGCAUGAAAGGCCACGUCCCCUUUGCAUGGAUCAGCAUCGAACACCCUCCAGCAGAUUUACUCCACAAUCUCAAUGCGAAACUGCGACAUCAUAUCGGACCCAUUGCGAGUUUGGCAGGAUUUAUCGCUGCACCGGGAGUCAUUCCCAAAACACGAUCGGGAAAGACGUUGAGGAGAUGUUUGAAGGAGAUUGUGGAACAUGCCAUGGUGGGGGAAUUUGAAAAGGAUGUCGUGUAUCCUGCGACGAUUGAGGAUGCGAGUGUGGUGGAGAAGGCGAAGUUGGCUGCGAAAGAGUAUUUUAUGAAUGGUGAAGGAAGGAAAUUGAAGGCGAAGUUGUAGAUGACCACUGGAGGUCAGAGAGAGAGAAGAGAGAUAGAGGUACAAGAAGAACAUUUUGUUGAAAAUCUGGUAAUGACUCGGGAUGUUCUAUAUACAUACUUGUAAUACGGUACCAACCAAC